AAGGUGAAAGGAGAAGGAAAAGAGAGGUUUUUGGUGAGAGAAAAAAACAAAAAAGAAUAUCCGGAGGCGGCAUGAGAAGAAGGCGGAAUUGGCGAAAACACCGGCAAUCGUGAAAUCUAAUGCCUCCGUGGACCACUCUCUUUGUCUUCCCACUUUCCACUCUCCAAUUCUAUUAAUAUCUCACUCUCUUACACUUCCUCUCCCAUCCAAACAUGGCGGCGAUUCUCUCUUCCUCGCUCCUCCUUCCCAAACACACCCACCGCACCUCUCGUCCACCGCUUUUCAGGGCUCGAGCUUCUCUGCUUCAGAACAACGAGGAAAAACUUAUCCUACCCGAUUCCUUCCCCUCUAAAACCUCACCUCUGCACACCACUACUACGAAAACAACCGAUGCGGACGCAACUAAGACCUCUGCGUUUCAGAAACGGAUUAUCAAGGUCGAACAAUCGGUCAAUAUCUUCCUCACGGAUUCCGUCAUAAAGAUACUUGAUGCUCUGUAUCAUGAUAGAAACUAUGCAAGGUUUUUUGUGCUUGAAACUAUUGCCAGGGUUCCUUACUUUGCCUUUAUGUCAGUUCUCCACAUGUAUGAGAGUUUUGGCUGGUGGAGGCGGGCAGACUAUCUGAAAGUGCAUUUUGCUGAGAGCUGGAAUGAAAUGCAUCAUUUGCUCAUCAUGGAAGAAUUAGGUGGGAAUGCUUGGUGGUUUGACCGGUUUCUCGCUCAACAUAUUGCAAUAUUUUAUUAUAUUAUGACAGUUUUAAUGUAUGCAAUAAGCCCAAGAAUGGCAUAUCACUUUUCUGAAUGUGUAGAGAGACAUGCAUUUGAAACUUAUGACAAAUUUAUCAAGGACCAAGGAGAGGAAUUGAAAAAAAUGCCGGCUCCUGAGGUUGCUGUGGAUUAUUAUACAGGAGAUGACUUGUAUUUAUUUGAUGAAUUUCAAACCUCCAGAGUUCCAAAUUCUAGAAGACCUAAGAUAGAGAAUCUGUACGACGUAUUUGUAAAUAUCAGAGAUGACGAAGCUGAACAUUGUAAGACGAUGAAGGCUUGUCAAACCCAUGGGAACCUUCGGUCACCUCAUUCAUAUACAGCGGAUGAUGAUGGCUCAGUCUGUGCUCUUGAACCAGGUUGUGAAGGAAUAGUAGACUGCAUAACGAAAUCUGUUACUUCUAGUCCAGCUAAAGUGAAGUAAGAUAUGCGGCACAACAUAGUACAUUCAUUUACUAAGAUACGAAGGCAGGGAAUACUGAUUGGAGGAAGUAAAUAGUUAAUAUUUGGAUAAGGUUACUCCUGUGUAAUUGUCUCUACAGUGGUAAAGGUGAAUUAAUCCUUAAACUUUAUUAGAUCAAGAUCAUGAAAUAUCAGUGUUGACAAUCUUCUGUUAGGUUAGAUGUUCAUACUUUAUACCUCACUGUCUGAAGACUAUCAGAAAAUAAUAUUGCGAAGAUUGUCUAUGGUUUUGCUCUUGCUCUUUUCCUUGCUUUUGGAAUUUGGAGCUUUGCCAUUAGAGCUAAAGUGUUCCACGUGUUGCCUUUUAGAAAUUAUCUAUCACUGAAUUUUUUUCUUGA